AUGGGCACCAAACGCUCCUGGGAAGGCCAGCCACUUGAGCUUCAUCCCAAAGACACAAUCAUGGCCGAAUCAGAACCAUCAGCCCCCUCAAUCCAGUCCAUGUUCGAGAACUUCCGUGACGAGCUGGACGAACACCAUGACCGACGCGAGCGGAUCAUCAAAAAGAGCCGCGACAUCACAGCUCUAAGCAAGAAGAUCAUCUUCGCCCUCCAACGAGUCCGCGCAACCAACCAACCCCUCCCACCCAAGAUCGCCCAAGAAAACCAACUCCGCUUCAACGCAAUCAACGAGCUCUUCGAAGCCGUCGUGCCCGAACAACUCGGCAUAAACGGCUGGCGCUACCAGCGCCAAAUCAGCGGCGGCAUCCAAGAAUUCAUCGAAGCCCUCUCUUUCGACCACUACCUCCGCACACAAACGCUAAUCACGCAUGCCGAGUGCGCCGCCCGCAUCCCAUCCCAGAUCCUCGUCUCAGAAGAAGACUACCUAAUGGGUCUAUUCGACCUAACGGGAGAAAUGAUGCGAUUCGCAGUUCUGUCACUGAGCUCCGGAAAUGCAGCAGCAACGAAGUCGGGGAAUACAGAGGGCGAAAGCGCGAGACCGACACUCGCUCCGUCACAAGGUGGUAUCGUCGUUGAUCUGCGUGCGAUUCGUGCCGGUUUCGAGGCUAUGACUGUGCCGAGGCGACAUUCUAUGCUCCGGGACUUGGGGAAGAAAAUGGAGGUGAUGCAGAAUAGUGUGGAAAAGGUUGAGAGGGCGGCGUAUGGGAUUCUCGUGCGUGGAAGUGAACGGCCGAGUGGGUGGACGCCUGAUCUGUCAGGGCCGGUUGAGGUGGAAACUCACUAG